AUGAAUUCACAAUCUAAAAGCGCUCCUUCAUCGGCAGUCAAUGCUGUUUUCAUCAACUCCCAGUCUGUUCCUGAGGGGUCAAGACAAGUCAACGGCAUUGAUUUCAACCAGUAUACUGGAAAGGAUAUCACCGUUGCAGACCUGGUAGAUGGAAUGGCCGAGAUGGGAUUCCAGGCCAGCGCAGUGGGCGACGCAGUGCAGAUCAUAAAUGAAAUGAGAGCCUGGCGCGACCCGGAGACUGGGGGAAAAACCACUAUAUUUCUGGGUUACACAUCGAAUUUAAUAUCUUCUGGCUUGAGAGAGACGUUCCGAUACCUGGUCCAACAUAAACAUAUCUCUGCCAUUGUCACUACAGCGGGCGGAGUUGAAGAGGACUUUAUAAAAUGCCUUGCCCCCACCUACCUGGGCUCCUUCUCAACUCCAGGACAGUCACUCCGAGCCAAAGGCCUGAACCGGAUUGGUAACCUGAUUGUACCGAACAACAACUACUGUGCUUUUGAAGACUGGUUGAUGCCAAUCUUGGACAAGAUGCUGGAGGAGCAGGAGGCAUCAUGGGGGACAGAUCACCAGCUCCACUGGACACCAAGCAAGAUAAUCCACCGACUAGGGAAGGAGAUCAACAAUGAAAACUCAGUCUACUACUGGGCUUACAAGAAUGACAUACCAGUGUUUUGUCCAGCGCUGACUGACGGCAGCAUGGGGGAUAUGAUGUAUUUCCACACAUUCAAGUCUUCUCCGCAGCAGCUGCGGGUUGACAUUGUGGAAGACUUGCGGAAGAUCAACACAAUGUCUGUGCGGGCCAAACGAGUGGGGAUGAUUAUUCUGGGCGGCGGGGUGGUUAAGCACCAUAUUGCUAAUGCAUGUUUGAUGCGGAAUGGGGCGGAGAGCGCAGUUUACAUCAACACAGCACAGGAGUUUGAUGGGAGUGAUGCUGGUGCCCAGCCAGAUGAAGCUGUGUCAUGGGGAAAGAUCAAAGCAGAUGCAAAGAAUGUAAAGGUCUACGCAGAGGCUACAGUGGCAUUUCCACUCAUUGUUGCAGCAACAUUUGCAAGGACUGAGAAACAGCUGCAAAAAUGA